AUGUCUGAUCCAUACAACAACCACUACAAUCAAUACGGUGCCCCGCAGCAAGGCCAUGGCCAGCCCAGCGACGGAUACUACGGAGGCCAACAUAACUACAACUACCCUCCUCCACAAGGCCAGUACGGGCAGCCUCCACAGCAACAUGGGCACUAUCCACCUGGGCCUUCCUACGACCAGCAGCAGCACCAUCCUCAAUAUUCCGGACCUCCCCCUUCAUACGGCCAUCAAGGCUACGCGCCUCAACAUGGCGCUCCUCACCAGCAGGGCGGGUACCCAGGUGAUCAAAACUACGGGCAAGGCGCGCCCAUGAACUAUCCGCCACACGACCGUGGUCACUCUCCGUAUCCCCCACAGCAGCAACAACACAAUCCCCAAGGCGCAAGCGCAUCCUACUAUGGCGCUCCUCCGGAACAACACUACCAGGGGGCGCAUCCUCCUGUUCCGGUCGGACAGGAGGGCGAAAGGGGCCUAGGCUCGACCUUGCUUGGAAGUGCUGCUGGUGGGAUUAUAGGCAAAAAGCUCGGCGGUGGACUUCUAGGCGCUGCAGGAGGAGCACUAGCAGGCGCUGCUGGAAUGAACAUGGCCAGUAAGAUGUCGAAGAAGCACAAGAAGGAGAAGAAACAUAAGGGCCGCAGGCGUGGAUCGAGUUCUAGUUCUUCCAGCUCGAGCUCCUCUGACUAG